AUGAAGUACCUGUUUGUUCUUGCCGUUUUCGCGUUGGCUUUCGCCGCCGAAGAAGAGAAGGAUGGAGACCAGAUAAAGACAUUUAAACGGCUGAUUCCCGCUGACGUGUUAAGAGACUUCCCCGGCUUGUGCUUCGCUUCAACUCGCUGCGCAACAGUGGAACCUGGCAACAGCUGGGAUCUGGCACCUUUCUGCGGUCGCAGCACAUGCGUCGUGAGCGAAGACACGCCCCCAAGGCUGCUUGAGCUGGUUGAGGACUGCGGUCCUUUACCUCUUGCCAACCCCAAGUGCAAACUUGACACUGAAAAGACAAACAAGACUGCGGCGUUCCCUCUCUGCUGUCCAAUCUUUACCUGUGAAGAUGGUGUGAAAUUGGAGUAUCCCGAACUCCCUACACCACCCCCUGAAGAGGAGAAGAAGGAAGGAGAGAAGCCUAAAGCAGCUUAA